AUGGACUCGGACUUCCAGCUUUUCUCUCCCCACCGCCAGUCCGGUGGGGAUGAGUCUCGUGGUAUAAUAUCUGCCGAAAAUACCAACUCAGACUGGACGCAGUGGAUGCGUUGGGAUGAACCCAUCUUGGACGAGAACAACCAUAAACCAAUUGACACCAACAUGGGCCUUCCUUUUGUCUCUCCACCCACCACAAUGAGUUCACCGAAUACCGUUCAGCAAAGCGAAGUUUUCCCAAAUCUCCCUCUUGGAAUGAUGCAAAUCCCAUCAGGACUCUCCGACGACAGGAGCCGGAACUUGGGUCUAAAAGGCUCCAUCGGUUCGAACUUUGGCCUGGUCUCUCCUAUUUCUAGCGUGGGAGUUGGCCGAAAGCGCAAGAAUGGCACCGACGACGAUUCCACGAUGAGGAUUGAUCCUGUACAGCCAGGUAAGAAGAUGCCUGCCAAGAAACGUGCUCACAAUGUUAUCGAAAAACGAUAUCGAGCCAACUUGAACGAAAAGAUCGCCGAACUACGUGAUAGUGUACCAAGUCUCCGAGCGAUGAAGCCCCUCAGCGGUUAUUCUAAUGACGAUGAAGAUGACGCCGAUGGUACCCUGCCAGCCAACAAGCUCAACAAGGCUUCUAUUCUAUCUAAGGCAACCGAAUAUAUUAAACAUCUCGAAACUCGCAACAAACGCCUGGAAGAUGAGAACACCGCUUUGAAGAAUCAACUUCGCCAAGUGGACAAGGCCGCAGAUCAAGCUGUCACCUCGAGCGCUUCUGUGUCAUCUCCUAGCAACUAUACUGUAUCCGGUGAAUCAAAUACUGGCACGUCACCCAGUGUUUUCUCUCAGGCUGAGGAGGCUUCUGGUAAUACAAGCGAUGCUUCUCCCUCUCCACAGAACCCUCCUGAGGGCCUUAUCAAAGUGCCCGAUGCAUGGCGACGCAUGAGAGAGGAAGGGAAGAAAGGAAUUUUCGCUGAGUCAUACAUGACUUCAACACCUCGAACCAACAAUGGUUAUGAACGGGAAAAUGAGCGCCGACGGUCAAAGCUUCCUAACAAAUACAUGCUCGGCGCCCUUGCCGGUCUCAUGGUGCUUGAGGGUUUCGGGUCAGACAAAUCCGAUACUGAAGCAAAGGGGCUGCUUGCCGUUCCUUUGAACUUAUUGAGCCAUUUAAAAUCGCCCAACCUUCCGUACCUGCAAUACUAUAUCAAGAACUUUUGGUACACGUGGCAUUUGCGAGCUAUUAUUGGAUUCCUUGUGCUUGCAACCCUCAUUCUUGCCAGUGCCUUUAUCAUCUUCCUCUACCUUUUCAAUGCCCAGCCCAUCACAACGCGAACUCCAGUGAAAAUAGCUGCCGAGAAAAAUGCUGCUCCAAAAACCUCAAACUUCCGCCAACAAGCAUGGCUUACCAGCAUGCAACGAGCCGGUGUCCCGCGCCAUAGAUUCUGGCGUGAAUGGGCUGUGGUGACAUCACGAUGGUUCGAAUACGUUCUGCGAUGCCUGAUGGGUUGGAAACUUUACUCAUGGGCCACUGGUAUUACGGAGGAGGAUGAAAAGGGCCGGGUGAAGACCUGGGACAUUGCUAUUGAUGCUCAGCUUACCGGUGGUGAUACUGAAAUUAGCAAGAGUCGACUUGUGCUGACCAUUUUCGCGGCGGGAACCCUUCCGCGGAGCCCAGUAAGAAUGAUGCUUAAGGCUUUGCAUGUUCGCAUCCUUUUAUAUAGAGUGGGAGAACCCGGCUCUUGGACCUUCCAUAUCUCCAACGAUAUAGCUCGUACGCUUGCCCGGUACCAGUGGGCCAUGGCAAGAGAUAUGAACAACAGAUUGCCCGAAAAUCACCCCAAUUGCCUUCCCCCUCACCUUGCGGCUCUGAUUAGUCUCGACUGCGAGGAUGUCAUGACCGAUUCUAUCACUCAGCGUGCUGUCAAUCUCGUUUGGAACCAACCUACUCAAGAAGGCACUCUUGAUGACGAGGUGCUACUUGAUGUCGUCGACGAGGAUCCGGCUAUCCAGUGCCCGGUCGAUGCCCUGGCCGCUUGGUAUUCAUGCCACCUUCUGCAGGCCUCUCUUUUGAAGUAUCUCGAGGCGAGCGGGGGCGGUCUCAACUCCAAGCCCAGCCGUGACUGUUUUAAGAAAAGGAUUCAUAUGGCUCUCGAAUCUGCCCCGCGUCUCUCAGCCGCGUAUACCCGCGCUCUCGUAAUGAAAUCAGUUUUCUUUGAGACCGAUCGCAUUAAGAAAAUCGAUUUCGUUCUUGCCGCUCUUCCUAGGGAGAACAGCAGCGACCAGAGUCGUGCUGACAACUUCAUUGACUCGUCACUGCCAGUCUCAGUCCGGAAUGAGAUUGCACUCACUGUACGCUGUGCAAUGAUUGCUGCAGUGGUGACAGGGCGGUCCUCGGACGAUUCACCUUUUCCUGCGUCAUUCACUAUCCAAAAGGCAAUCAAUUGGUUCAACGAACUCCCCAUUGACCCGGUCGAACUUAGUCUACUUGGAUUUUCCGCAGUCUACCAUUUGCUGCAUCUCCUUGCAUCUGACGUCGAUUACAUUGCUUCGUCCGAUUCAUCCGCUCCGUCUUCCCCCACCAGUGAAACCGCAUGCUCCGCCGAUGACGAGGCCGAGGAAACACCUCGUCCCGUUCGCAAGCCUCUAAUCUGCCCGCGAGACAUCCCCAAUCUAGGUCGUGUCGCUGCCCAGUUGAUUUACUGGGCUCAAAACGCCUACAACCCUAUUUUCUACGGCUUCUCUCCCGCUCUUGUUGAGGUCAUUGUAAAGUCAUGCACCUCUGUUUGUGCAAAUGCCGGUAUCAACGUGGAUGACUACUUUCAAGUCGCCUCCGAACCUAUCUCAGUGAAGAAACGUCGGCACAGACGUCGUCGGGAGAACUCUGAACCGGCUCCCCAGAGUGAUGCUGACCAAGACGCAGUCGGUUCUCAUAUUGGAAAGAUACUUUCAUUUCCACAUGAACGAUCAGCUAGCAACGAUACGGGUUAUGGCAGCCUGAGCUCCAACGACGAGAUAAAUUCUCGUCUUAAUUUAACUGAAAAGGUACUAGACAUUAUGGGUUGA